CCCACAAUGCACCGCGCGCCCCGCCGAGCCUUCAAAGCCCCUGGGCGGCGGCGGGGCAAGAUGGCGGCGCCCGCUCCGGGUCGGCCUGGUUUAUCACAUGGUGGAAAAUAGAAGCCAAACUGCACGUUAACAAUGCCUGGCAGAGUCUGCUGCUGCUGUGCGGCCUUACGCCCUCGUUACAAACGCCUGGUAGAUAACAUAUUCCCUGAAGACCCCAAAGAUGGCCUGGUCAAAGCGGACAUGGAGAAACUGACCUUUUAUGCCGUCUCUGCCCCAGAGAAGCUUGAUCGAAUUGGUGCCUAUUUGGCAGAGAGGCUGAGCAGGGAUGUUGUCAGACACCGCUGUGGGUAUGUCUUCAUUGCUAUGGAAGCCCUGGACCAGCUUCUCAUGGCUUGUCAUUCUCAAAGCAUCAAGCCAUUCGUGGAGAGUUUCCUCCACAUGGUGGCCAAGCUGCUGGAGUCCGGAGAGCCCCGGCUGCAAGUCCUGGGAACCAACUCGUUUGUCAAGUUUGCAAACAUUGAGGAGGACACACCUUCCUACCACCGUCGCUAUGACUUCUUCGUGUCCCGCUUCAGUGGCAUGUGCCACUCCUGCCAUAAUGACCCAGAAAUACGGAAUGAGAUCCGAAUUGCUGGCAUCAGGGGCAUCCAGGGGGUAGUUCGCAAAACUGUGAAUGAUGAGCUCCGAGCCACCAUAUGGGAGCCUCAGCAUAUGGACAAGAUUGUUCCCUCACUGCUUUAUAAUAUGCAGAAGAUAGAAGACGUCGACAGUCGAAUUGGCCCACCCUCCUCUCCAACAGGAGGCGAGAAAGAGGAGAACCCGGCUGUGCUGGCUGAGAAUUGCUUCAGAGAACUGCUGGGCCGUGCUACCUAUGGAAACAUGAAUAAUGCUGUCAGACCUGUCUUUGCGCAUUUAGACCAUCACAAGCUAUGGGACCCCAAUGAAUUUGCUGUCCAUUGCUUCAAAAUAAUUAUGUACUCCAUACAGGCACAGUACUCUCAUCAUGUGAUACAGGAAAUCCUGGGGCACCUGGAUUGCUGCAAGCGAGACUCUCCUCGAGUUCGAGCUGGUAUCAUCCAAGUCCUUUUGGAGGCGGUAGCCAUUGCGGCUAAAGGAUCCAUUGGCCCAACUGUCCUGGAGGUGUUCAACACCCUGCUGAAGCACUUGAGCUUGAGUGUGGACUUUGAACUGGGCAACAACCGUGACUCUGAUGGCGGCACUGCUGGCCUUAGCGCCCGCUCGAAGGAGAGCGAUGAAAAGAUCGUCCAGAAUGCCAUCAUUCAAACUAUCGGUUUCUUUGGAAGCAACCUUCCAGAUUACCAGCGGUCUGAGAUUAUGAUGUUCGUUAUGGGGAAAGUUCCUGUGUUUGGGUCAGCGUCUCAGACUGUGGACACCAGCCAGCCUGGGGAUUUGGGAACCAGGAGGAUUCAGAUCAUGUUGCUGCGGUCUUUGCUUAUGGUCACCUCAGGGUACAACGCCAAAAGCAUUAUGACUGUUCUGUCGGCCCCGUUUCUUGAUCCUCUGCUGUCAUCUUCGCUCAUGGAGGACUGUGAGCUCCGGCAACUGGUCCUGGAAAUACUACACAAUCUUAUUGAUCGGCACGACAACAGAGCAAAGCUUAGAGGAAUAAGAAUAAUACCUGAUGUGUCUGAUCUGAAGAUAAAGCGAGACAAAAUUUCACGGCAAGAUGUGAGCUUCAUGAAGAAGCAUGCCCAGCAGCUGUACAGGCACGUCUACUUGGGUUGCAAAAAAGAUGACAACGUGCAUAAGAACUUUGAGCUGCUCUAUACAUCUCUUGCUCUGAUAACGAUUGAGCUAGCAAAUGAAGAGGUGGUCACUGACCUCAUCCGCCUGGCCAUUGCCUUGCAGGAUAUUGCCAUUCUUAAUGAGGACAACUUGCCAAUGUUUAACCGCUGUAGCAUCAUGGCGCUGGUCGCCGCGUACCUCAACUUCUUGAGUCAGAUGAUUGCAGUGCCUGCCUUCUGCCAGCACAUCAGCAAGGUCAUUGAAACAAGAACGGUGGAAGCUCCAUACUUUUUGCCAGAGACCAUCUUCAGAGACAAGUGCAGUCUUCCCAAAACCUUAGACAAGGACGACAAGAACUUGUUUUUCCUGACUCACAAGAUUGCUGAAUCCUUGGGUGGCAGCGGAUAUAGCGUGGAGAGACUGUCUGUGCCUUAUGUGCCCCAGGAGACAGAUGACGACAGGCUGUCCCGAAGGAAGAGUAUUGUUGAUACUGUAUCUAUUCAGGUGGACAUUCUUCCUGGCAAUGGCACAGAGGAUAAGGUCAACAACACGGAGGAAAUUACCUUUGAAGCACUGAAGAAGGCUAUAGAUAACACUGGUCUUGAAGAGCAAGAGAAGGAGAAGAGGCGCCUUGUGAUUGAAAAGUUCCAGAAGGCUCCCUUUGAAGAGAUUGCAGCCCAGUGUGAGACCAAGGCAAACCUCCUUCACGACCGGCUUGCUCAGAUAUUGGAGCUCACCAUUCGCCCCCCUCCCAGCCCCUCUGGGACACUGACCAUCACGGCUGGACAUCCCCACUACCAAUCCGUUCCGGUCUAUGAGAUGAAGUUUCCAGAUCUUUGUGUGUAUUAAGAGUCUUCUGGCCCCUUCUGCACAUUAUUUAGCAUUCAGAGCAUUCAGUUGUGUAAAGCGCAAGAUGAGUGUUUAGCUCAGCCUUCACUCUUUCCUUUUCCCCAUUUUAACAGAGCUUUCAGAAAUAGCCCUGGAUAUAGUGUGGCUGGGCUGGGAUUGUGCCUGAAUCAGAUUUCUUACCUUGUUCAUUCUGCUGCUGAAGUUAGAUCUCGCUUCUUGUCAGGAUAUUUCACACUACUCACUUUUCUCUUUCCAGUGUAAGAAAAAAAGUUUACAAGUGUAAUACUGUUUCUUUUGCCACAUUGUUUUGUGUUUUGGAGAAUUUUAGACUAGAUGCCAUUUAGGCUCUGUGGUUCCACAUUGUCUAGAUGUUGUAGGAUUAACUGACAAACUCUUUGCUGGCUUGCUUACUCUGUUCCCUUUUUUCAGCAUAAGAACCUAAGCACCUUAAGCAAUGCAGGAUAGACAUUUUGCUACUCUUGUUCCCAGGAUACUAAACCACAGUCAAGAAGCGGCAUUUUGCCUCUUCUCCCGUCACAACAGUAGAUCCGAAUGUAAUGUGCUUGCCAGAGGUUCUGUAGACGUGUGGUUUCCCACAUCGUGAGAUUUGCUUUGGAAAGGAAAUACCUCUUUACAAGCAUCAAACCCUGAAAUAUUUUUGAUGUCUUAAGGGGUUUCGUUGAUGCCCUGUGCUUUUGGGGAAAAAUGUAUUUUUGCAUGCUUUUAGGAUUCCUAUAUGAGAGAGAGAGAUAUAUUUAGUAUAGCGUGAGAGAUUUUAGGUAUCUUAAAAUGGUUAAUAGUUUUUUACUAAUUUUGUUUGAAAUUGUAAAAGAGAAGCUGGUUAUUUUCUCUCUGUAGUGUAGUGGUGUAGAUUUUUAAUAAUAUUUGUCAACUGAAAGAAAACAAACCUGGAUGGAGGUCCCUGGAGAGGUUAGGAAUUUUUGUGUGUGCUUCUUCCUCCCCCCCAACAAGUGGUUGCAUUUAAAAAAUGCAUCAACUUCUGGCUGCUUUAGCUUAAUUGCCACUGAUUUUCCCCCAAGGAUAAAAAUGGAGGUUCCUGGCUUCACAGAUCUGCGUAUCCCUGCGUGCAGGGAGGAGCAGCCUUCAGGUUUAUAUACAUUUAAUACCCAUAACUCCAGAAGCAAAGCACAGGCCAAGCUUUUUAUGUCCAAUCCACAAUUUCAAUUUUGUUGGUAAAAACUGAAAACCAUCUGUAACUGCUGAAUAAUAGCUAAUUUAAAGCCAAGGUAUCUUUAUGGUAUGGUCUGAAAGUAUCAGCUUGCUUUAUUGAUGCUUGCUCAUUUUAGAAAACAUACUUGUCCAGAUCAGCAUUUGUUUGUAAAAUCGGAUGGGAGGGUGUGGUAAAAGGUUGACUUGAUGAUGUACAAAAUGAUAAAAGAUUCUGGUUUUUUGAAGAGAGAAAGGAUGUGAGAGGGGACAGGUCUUUUCUCCAAGAGCUUUUCAUUUGUCAGCCUAUGAAAUAAGGCACUGAUUUGCGCAGGAAGCCCUUAUGAAGCUCAGGCUGUGGUAACCAAGCCCUUCUUUUCAGUUUGACAGCGCAAUCACAGCUCUUAGUGGAUGACGAAACAACCUCUUUCGUACAGCAUUCCCCUGUGAUUGCAGCUGCUCCACAAUUCCGCCCUGCUCAGACCAGAGGCAGCGCCCCUCAUAGAACGUGGUGCCAUUUUCUUGACGCCCUUAGCUUCCACUUUUUGGUUUUGGAAGGUAAGAUGUCUUGGCAUCUGAUGUCAUCCGAGUGGUGUUUUAUUUAAAGACAAAAGUUAAUAUGAGGUCAGUGCACAUAUCAAGGAGAUCGUCCAUGCUGCUGUCUAAGUAUGACCACUUUUGUACAGAAUAAAAAGAUGAAUAAAAAAGAAUGCUCUUUGAUUUGCACUCAUGCAGUCUGUGUUCAGUGUUGCUAAACACACCCAGCUGUUUUCUCCAUUCAGCUCUGCAUGCAACAGAUGCCGCAUUUCAUGCCGCAUUUGGUUUGACGUCUCACCUGAGUCAUUUUCAUAUUUCUUUGCUGUAUCACCCCGUGGACAUCUACAUUUCCCAGACUGAUGUAGCUCUUGUUCAGUAUUUAACAGCAGGGGUGGAAAAGCAAGCAAGCAAGCCAGAGUGCUAGCCUCUUGAGGCUGGGCUGGCUGCAGAUGCAGCAUAACAGCUGCCACGUUGGGUCCAAAAUAUGCAUUCCACUGUAAACCGCACAGGCCUGGGAAAGCACAAUAUCCUGUGCAUUGUCCUGACAGUGGACAAUAGAGACUCGACCAGUUGUCAAGACAGUUUUGUUGCUAAUUUUGUAACGGUUCCUUUGAAUCACUCAAUAAACCUUCAAAGGCCACAAUCUGCUUGACCAACCGUGCUUGUGGUGACAGUUUGGCGCUAUUUGGAUGUUUGUCCCUUGAAGUCCUGCUGGUAUUGUUUAUAUUCCAGCUUGUACCUCGUGUUUCAGCUGAUAACGUUUAAAAGAAUGUAUAGCUUUUCAUAGCAAUUUAGUUUUAAGGCAUAAAUGAAAGCUGUUACAACUCAAGAGGACAGUCAAGAACAAAUGACUGAAUAUAUAUACUGCACUCUCUGUAAUGAGCCAUUCAACUAAAUGUAAGAACACUGUGCAAUCCACGUGUAAGCAAUAAAAUGAACCAAAUAAGCGCAAAGUGAAA